AGAAUCGAAUCGAUUCCAAUCCACUUGGAUCUCGAUCGGCCUCGCUUGCCGUGUGUAGCCAGGGCUGUCGUGCUGCGGGGGCCGUGGUUGCUCCAUCCAUUGCUGCGUCCGCCCACCGAAUUUUGGCGGUUCGAUUUCAUACGGGAUCUGGGGAACAAAUUGGGGGAUUGCUUUCCAGGUGCCCAGCGUUUGACGCCGCCCCUGGAGGCUCAGAGGGACGCUGCAAACUGGAGUCAGUCCAUGAUGCUGUGAAUUCUACUCGGGCUAGUUGAAGAUUCUGAUUCGUGUCGAAUAGGGCAAGCAGAUUGUGGACAAGUCCCUGCAUUGUGCGCUAGUUAAAUCAUAACUCUGUUUUAAGCUGCAAUCUGGUAAAUGUGGCUGUAUGCAAAGUCAGCUGUCCUAUACAUGCUGUAGCAAGCUCCCACCACCACCAUCUGCUAUAUCUCCAAAUGUUUACCUUAUGUGUUUCUGUGUUCAUGUAGGCUUAUGUAUUAGGUCCUGUUACACAGGAUUAGCUAUCAAAUUUUCCAUGUGACUACAUUAGAUACCUGAUGUUUGUUUGUCUCUGUAGAGCUGUGAUGACAAGUAGUUUAUCUGCAUAGCGUUAACAACUGUUGUGCAAAAAAUUCAUAGCCGUAUGAAUUAUAGGAAAUAUUUUUAUCUGUUUGAUUAAAGAUGUUACUCGCAAAAUUAUUUAAGAACAAUACUUGACUAAAAGUUCAUGCUCUGGCCCCAUGUUUGGUUGUUUGUUUCCGCAUAAAAUCUCUCUGCCCCCUCCAUUAAUGCCAUCGAUCUGCCAUUAGCAUCACCUUUUGCAGGGGGAUCUUUAGGGAAUAUGUUGCUAUGAGCAAGCUUUUUGAGCCGCGACUCAAAUCCAUAAGCCCUUGACGGAUAUAUUUGCUGCCCUGCGCUUGCAUAGUUGAAUUAUACUACAAAGCAGUCAGCUUGUUUUCCAAUUCUUAGAUCCAUAAGCCUCUGAAUCAGUAUGGGCUAUUCACUUCUUCUUUAGUAGCAGCCACCAGGAUUGGUGGUUGCUAUGGGUGACUACACGAUUCAGAUAAGCACCAAGCUGAUCGAUCAGCUCGCCCGCGACGACGAGAAGGUGAAAAGGAGGGUCAGGAAACCCAAGCCCAAGAAGGUUCUUGAACAACCAGAAGAGCCUCAGGACAAUGGGAGGGAGCUUCCAAGCGAGCCGAAGAGCAGCCCUGCCCCCGCUCCCGGGUGGCAGCUGCCACCCCCCGUGUACCUGCCAGUUACCCCUGCUCCUCCACCACCACCUUCGCCCUUAAUCCAGGAGGCGGAAGCCAUACGCGCCGUGGUGGCGGAAAGUGUGAAGGUGCUGGAGAAGCUGGACAAGCAGGAGGCUGGGAUGCAGCAGGAGCUCGCCAGGAGAGCCAAGGAGCUGCAUGACAGGGAGUUCAAGCUGCCCUACCAGAACCCCGUGCCGUGCGCUGACGAGAAGGCGGCCUGCCAUGAGUGCUACGUGAGCAACGCCGCGAAAGACCCGCUCAAGUGCGCCGAGGCAGUCAAGAGGUUCGAGGCGUGCGUCCGCAUGGCUAGGCAUAGCAGCAGCGUUGCGAUGAAAUGAGUGAGGUGGCAGUCACACGAUUUUGCCUUGUUGGGAUGGUUUUGAAUAACCUGGAUGUUCUGGGUGAGACCUGAAACAAACACCUAUGUAGAUUAAUUCCGGUAAACGGUUUGCAGUGCACCGUUCUAGGGCGAGGCCUGAGUGGGUGUCCUUGAACUUUGGGGUUUCCAUGUUACAUACGUUAUGCUGCAAUAUGGAACAUGGAUUGUAGCUGCGAAUUAAGUUCUUUUGAUGAGUAGUAGAUAAGCAAACUGGCGAUCCAGCCGUAGUUUCUGAA